AUGGCGACCGUGGCCCGGCUCUUCCAAGAAGCUUGUCGCGCCCGAAGACAUGACCGGGUGCACCACGCAUGCGUCUGCCUUCCUAGACCGACUAGACCGCGCGAGCUCACCGCCACAUUGAAACGAAGACGAUCGCCGUCGACGUCGUACCACCAGAUCUCUGGCCGAAGGCAGCCUGCAAACAUCAGGUCUGCAAGCACGAGCUCCGGGCCGAGUCGUCGCGCCGUCACCGUCACCAGUGACGAUGGCCGGUACAACUGGAGCGAGUUGAGCACCGGCGAGAAAGCGGCCAGAGGGACCCAGCAGACGUUCAACUUCCUGCUCGUCUCGCUCGGCUUGGUGGGGACGAUCACCGUGGCGUACUUCUUGUAUCAGGAACUCCUCGCCCCCUCAUCAUCCACGGUCCAAUUCAACGCCGCAGUCAGCCGGAUUAAAUCCUCUCCAGAAUGCCGCGCCCUGCUUGGCCCUUCCUCGCAGAUACUUGCCUACGGGGAGCCGACCUCGAGUAAGUGGGCUCGUGCUCGUCCCCUUGCGCACUCGACGGAGGUCGACAGACUUGGGACAACGCAUCUCCGGAUGCAUUUCAACGUGGAGGGCAAGGACAGUGGAGUCAGAGGAGUGGUCACCGUGCAUAUGACAAAACCCAAGGAUGGAGACAGGUUGGAAUAUCAACUUCUGAGUUUAUCAGUAAAAGGCCACGAGACGGUGUACUUGGAGAACAAAGCCGCUGAAAGGGGAAUCAAAGGCCAGGCUGCCAAGAUGUUCGGUGUCCAGUGGCGGUAG